CCCCCUGGCGGCGCGCGCGGGGAGCGGCGGGCCCGGUGGUCCCGGUGGUCUCGGUGAUCCCGGUAAUCCCGGCUGUCCUGGUGACCCGGCGCGGGCAGCGGCCGCCGCAUCCCGGCUCUGGACCUGCCCCGUCGGGCUGCCAGGAACGGCGGCGGUGCGGCCGCCCCGGAGCGGCUGUGACCGUUCCCGGCGGCUCCGCAGGGCCAGCCCGGCUCGGCCCUCCCGAGCCCGGUGCGCUUCCGGGGCGGCCGAGGGGCUUCCUGCGGCGGCUCCGCUGCCCGGUGCUGCUGCCCGCGCUGCUCCCGGCCCGACCGCCGCCGGCAUGAUCAACGCCAUCCUCGUGUUCAACAACCACGGCAAACCGCGGCUCGUCCGCUUCUACCAGCACCUGGCAGAGGAGGUGCAGCAGCAGAUCAUCCGAGACACCUUCCACCUGGUGCUGAAGCGCGAUGACCACAUCUGCAAUUUCCUGGAGUGCGGCAGCCUGUUCGGCGGCUCGGAUUACAAGCUGAUUUACCGGCACUACGCCACGCUGUACUUCGUGUUCUGCGUGGACUCCUCGGAGAGUGAGCUGGGCAUCCUGGACCUGAUCCAGGUGUUUGUGGAGACGCUGGACAAGUGCUUUGAGAAUGUCUGUGAGCUGGACCUCAUCUUCCACAUGGACAAGGUCCACCACAUCCUGCAGGAGAUGGUGAUCGGAGGGAUGGUGCUGGAGACCAACAUGAACGAGAUCGUGGCGCAGGUGGAGGCCCAGGGCAAGCUGGAGAAGGCAGAGGGCGGCCUCUCAGCUGCUCCUUCCCGCGCGGUGUCGGCCGUGAAGAACAUCAACCUGCCCGAGAUCCCCCGCAACAUCAACAUCGGGGACAUCAACAUCAAAGUGCCCAACCUGUCACAGUUCAUGUGAGCGGGGCUGCCUGCUGAGCAGGGCAGAGCUGGGCUCCCUGGCUCAAGGGGCACACAGGGCAGGUGCUGGCCAAGGGGAGGGCUCAGAGGGGGGCUGGGGGUCCCUCCUGCUGGAGCUGGGCUCAGUUCUGCUCCCCCAACAAGGAGGGUGCCCUUCCUUCCCCCUGUCCCUGGGGAGUGCAGCCUCCCCUUGCUGUGGGGAGGAGUUGGCUCCUGCCUCUUCUGGGAUUCCUGGGGUUCCCAGUGGUGAGAGUGUGCCUGUGGUGCUGGCUCUGUCCCCCUCCCAGCCUGGCUGUCCCCUGCCCUGGCCCUGCCCUCUGUGGUGGGCCCCAGCUGGGUGGGGGUCACUCAUGGGAGCUGCUGUGUGCCCUGGGGACAGUGUGGGGGACAGGCUGGAGCAGGGUGUGGCAGCAGGAGGGCUGAGUGACCUGGGGGAUGGGCAGGGUCAGGCCCUGUCCCUGGGGCUGCUGGAGUGUGUCCCUGUGUCCCAAUAAACUGCCCUUGAACCCG